CGAGGCAGGGACCAGGCCAGCUCAGUCAUAGCGCAGGCUGCCGCUGGGAUAACAUCGGAAAAGAUAACUAUGAGAGGAGAUAAGUUCACCAGCUGAGCCGAGCUGGCUGACAGCAGUUGUGCCGUUCUCUACACAGACCUCUGAAACUGGUGGUAGCCGAGAGUUCUUGGGAUAGUUCGCGGUCCCGGUAAAACAACUUGCUUUUUCGGACACUCUGCGGUGGCAGCAGCGGUCGCUGAAGCGGCGGCGACGGCUGGAGCAGGGCGUAGUGUGCGGGCUUUGGCGGCGUCGAUGGUCCUGCUGCUAGCGAAACAUGAACAAAAACCACCGAGUACCGAGCAGCCGUUCUCUGAGUGCCGUGGAGGUGAAAAGCAAGUUUGGCGCAGAGUUCCGUCGGUUCUCUCUGGAUCGCUCGAAGCCAGGCCGCUUUGAUGAGUUCUAUGGCCUUCUGCAGCAUGUUCAUCGCAUCCCCAACGUGGAGCUGCUGGUGGCCUACGCCGAUGUGCACGGCGACCUGCUGCCCAUCAACAACGACGACAAUUAUCUCAAGGCCGUCAAGAGUGCCAACCCUCUGCUGAGGCUCUUCCUGCAAAGGAAAGAGGAAGCUGAUUACACAACAUUUGGUACAGACUCACUGACCAGGAAGAAGAAUACAGUGCUCUCGGCGGUUCUUCUGCGGCCUGACCCCAACAAGAAGAAGCCUCCAGUGAUCAUAAGCCUCCCGAAAGACUUCCGCCCUGUGUCGUCCAUCAUCGACGUGGACAUCCUCCCGGAGACGCACAGGCGUGUCCGUCUGUACAAGCAUGGUCAGGAGAAGCCGUUGGGUUUCUAUAUCCGCGACGGCUCAAGCGUGCGAGUGACUCCACAGGGCCUGGAGAAGGUCCCAGGGAUCUUCAUCUCCCGCCUGGUGCCCGGCGGCCUGGCUGAUAGCACAGGCCUGCUGGCUGUCAACGACGAGGUUCUGGAGGUGAAUGGCAUUGAGGUGGUGGGCAAGUCUCUGGACCAGGUGACGGACAUGAUGAUUGCCAACAGCCACAACCUCAUCAUCACCGUGAAGCCUGCCAAUCAGCGGAACAAUGUCGUUCGUGGCAGUGGAGGAGGCGGCGGUGCUGCCUCUGGUAGUUCGUCGGACAGUGGUGCCAGUUACCAUGGCUAUGUACCCCAAGGUGCAGCUGCCACCGCCGGGCCGACACACAUCAUCCAGAACUUCCCUGUUGGGGAGCUGGAGAGCGACGAAGACGACGAGGACCUGGUGAUCGAAGUGGGGGGCGAGGCGGAGACCAUUCAGCGCACUCCGUCGAACUACAGCAUGCCGUCUCUGCCUCGCUACGAACCGCACCUCAAUCUUCGCACCACCACUGCCGCCAAUUCCGGCUCUGCCUUCUCCAUAAAUGCCAACGGGAACCUGCGUGGCAGCGGCGGAUCUCUGACCAACACCAACGCCAGUUCCACCACGCCGUCCCCCGACAGAGCGAAGGAGAGGCGGAACCUGGAGGAGGAGGGCACAGUCAUCACGCUGUAGACUGGGUUUCAAUACACUGAUCACUGGGAGGUGCAGCAGCGUCUGAAACGCAUUCAGUGCCCUCAUCUGAGGAGCACAGUUAGAUGUGUAUGUAUUGAACGUGAAACACCACACCGUAUGCUGCUCCCUACAUGCCAGUCAUCACGCUGGAGUGCCAUAGUGGUGAUCAGAAGGAACACAGAGCCACAGCUGCUUUCCAGUUCAUCUCGAAACCAGUAGAGUUCACGGGUUUUAGCUUUUUAACUGGUAAACUCAACACCCUCAUUUGGUCUUCAAAUAUUUUCAGUGAACUAGUUGGCUCCAUGGCAUUACAAACACUCUUUGCUAAGGAUUCACCAAUUCCGAUUUUGGUCGAUACCGUUUUUUAGAUAAAAUUGGCGAGUAAGAUCAGUUUCUCUUGCAAAUAUCUGCUGAUUGCUGAUUUCCCAAAAUUAAGGAAAUCAGGGCUGAUUUAUCAGUGCACCCCUACUCUCUCUGGCUCAGUUAUUAGUUGACAAUUGCCUCCAAUCACCUGCUUUUCAUCCAUUUACAUUUACUUCAUUCAAAUGGUAAACACUACUUUCCAGCAACCUAGCAAGUUGUGGUUUUGAUCGUUUUAACCACUGUUAUUAUCCUUCUUCCUUUUUGUACCUCAUUAUAAGUGUGACCGACUGCAAAAAGAAGGUUAUCAUUAUUAUUAGAUGGCCUCAGUGAAAACAUUUUACUCUUAAACCUGCUUUAUUUUCACUGCUAUUCAUGGAGAUUAUUUUUUCCUUAGAAGACAAAUUUUGAGUGGUGAUUAACUCCAAAAUAAGAUAUCUGUGAAUGAAUCACACAAUCUGUCCUUCAUAUUGCACUCCUAUUCUCAUGAUUGUCUCCUCUGCCACUUGGUCGACUUGUAAAAUAAUGUGAAUGUGAUUUUCAUGGUUCUUUAUGGAUCAAUAUAUUUAAGAUUAUUCAGCCAUUUUCUAAAUCAUGCCAUGACUUCAUAAAGAUGUGGAUACAGUUUUUAGCGCCAUUGGUGAAGAUGUUCGAACAGCCUUAAGUUAAACAGAUCAAAAUGAAAAAGAAACCAAAAUUUGAGUCCCAAAAAAAAAAAUCCCAAUAAAUAAAAUUCUAAUCUGGAGUGCAUGUUAGCAUGAACGCGUCACAACUCCAGGACUGAAAGUGUAAACCACAAAAAUGUGUGUAUGAUAAUAAUUCAAAAUAUGCCCAAAUGCUUCCAGAAAUGGAUUUUAGAUUAGUGGGGGGUUUUUGUUGUUUUUUUAAACACAAUUUUACAAACAGGAUUUUCUCUAACUCGUCUGCAAUUUGCCAGCAUUCCCAUCAAAUCCCCCAUUUCCAUUCAGUUGUAAUAUAUCGACAAGCGCGCUGACGGUCCAGAAAUAGCGUUGCUGUAACCAUGUUGGCAAACACAACCUCUGAGGUGAGCUAGAUGACGCGUCCGUGUCCCUGCUGAGGUUGAGUCACCGCUGAACACACAGCUGCAGGUACAACUGACACAAACUCUCUCUCUUUGUUGAAGGUGAGGCCGUGCCGUCAUAUGAACCACAUGAUGAUAAUCUAAGAACCACCAAAGGAGCCACUUUUGCCCUGUCUUUGUGUUCUCCAUUUUGUUUAAUUCUCUUCAAUUUAACCUCCAGUAUCUUGUUUUUUUUAUUUUAUUUUAAAAAGUCUAUAUCAUCUCAGAAGUAAAUGACUAAAAUGAAAGUGUUAUGGUGAUGUAAAAGUAGAUCCACAGAGGAUCUACUGUGGAUUUAUGCCUCACUGAAACUGAAAGGAUGCAUACUCAGCAAUACAAAGUGACAUUUCUGCUCAGAUUCUGGAAUAAUUAUGAUAAAUAUAUUGAUUUUUGAAGGGUGCACACAUUGUAAUGAUGUCCAAUAGAACAAUCUGAUAAAAUACAGUAAUAUUUUUCCAGUUCAUAUACUUCACACCUCAGUUUGACUCAUACACUUCAGAAAAAACACGAGUAAUAAUGAAUGAAUGAUCACUAAAGUCUUAAAUGUCAUCUGGGGAAAAAAUGACCCCCUCUGGUGGUUCCAGGUGGUACUGAAAUGUUGGUGGUUUUUAUUGUUUUUAAAAAAUCUUCAAAGUUAGCCUCCUUUGGUCUAAUAUUUCAAAUGUUUGUAGAAUAAUAUCUUAAAAUAAUUGAAUUGAAACCCUUUCAAUUCCAGACGGAACCAUAAACAGUACGUCCAUUUCUGUUGCAAACUCCCUCUGUGAAGUGAGAGCACGUGCCCUGGACUUUUAAGCAUCUGUUCUCCUUAUUGAAGUGCUAAGUCUUACUUUAGCAUUUGUUUUACUAUUGCACAUAAAACCAUGGUCCACACUGUCACUUUUAGCAAAUUAUGCAAGUGAAAGUAUAUUCAUUUAAAUUGACGCUACGCUUAUUAUGUCCAUAAUUUGUAGCCGUGUUUACGAUCUGAGACUUUUAGAUUGUGAAAUUCCAUGACUGAUUAAAGGAUGUUUUUAUAACAGCACAGGGUACUUACUACGUUUGAUGUUUUUGGCCUUGUGUGUGGUCCACAAAAUGCAGCAUUCCCAGCACUAAGCAUAGCAAUGAACCAUACUCUAAAUGGAAUUCUAUAAUUAUUACUUUAUCAGCUUUGUUUCUGAACUACAGCACAGGACACUGGAAUUGUAACUACAUCAAAAAAUGUUUAUUUAUUCUGUAAUCUUCAUAUUUUCUUUCUUUGUACACAUUUUAUGCUAUUAUAUUUUUAUAACAGAUAUUUUUGUUGUUUGUAUAAAUGAUCAUUUCUUUUUUUGUUUUUGGUCGUAAAUCUCAAGGUACAAUAGAGAUUUCUUUAGAAUUAAUUUCUAUAGAUUUCACCGCUUUGUUUAAAGCUUCAGGAGAAUCUCUGCUAAAAAAAAAAAAAUUAAUUAAACACUAUUUCUAUUUUAUUUUCUCAUACUGUGAAUUAUUAUUUUUGGUGACAGCGAGACAGUUGUAUUAACAACCACAUAGGCAGACGUUUGGUGUCGACUAUUUUUAAGUGAUCAGGUAAUAAUUGUUUUUUUUUUUCUAGCCAGAUAAAUCCUGUGAUGUAGAUUUGUAAUAAAGAGUGUCAGUAUUUUCAUAUCAAUGCUAUAUGUAUGAUGGACAUUUUUAUCAUCUGAAGGAUAUUGUUAUAAGAUUGAACUGGAAAUAUAAGAAAAAGUAGAUGCACACCUGUAACUGCUGACUGGCGGAGCUGGAUACAAUAAAGUAAUAUGUAGC